UUGACUCUGCGUGUGUUUGCAGUGCAUGCUGGGUAAGCAGCAUUGGGUGUAGUGAUGAUACAACAGGUCGGAUGAGUUUUUGGAGAUAGAAGCUGCAGCAGGAGAGAGAGAGCUGAACACGUAGAGCAGAUGAUGGCGGCCGCAGAGUACAGCCCUCUGACCACACAUGUGCUGAACACCGGAGACGGCGUCCCUGCAGCCCGCAUGGCCCUCAGUCUGCACCGACUCGACUCCAAGCUGAUGAUCUGGAGCAUGCUGAGCGUCGGGACAACAAACACAGAUGGCCGCUGCCCUGGACUCAUCGGCCGAGAAGCGUUCAGCCCGGGCAUGUACAAGCUGCGCUUUGAGACGGGUUCAUACUGGGAGAGUCUGGGUCAGACCUCAUUUUAUCCCUAUGUAGAGGUUGUGUUUACCAUCAGUGACCGGGAGCAGAGGUUCCACCUCCCUCUGCUGAUGAGUCGCUUCUCCUACAGCACGUACAGAGGAAGCUGAGAGGCCUUGGACUUGUCCUCUUUGUGGCCAUGUGGCAGACUUGUGAUACAUUUUAUAACUGUAAAGAUUCAAACACUUGAUUGUGACAACAAUUUGUGUUGUUUUAUUUAUCUAUCGUUUAAUGUAAUCAUGAUCAUGGAUGUAACCGCAGACUCUUCUCUUUGUCCCGUUAGAAUCGUCUGCGGUUGUUUUCAAUGUUAAUGUCACUUUUUUGUCACUUGUCUUAAUACUGCAAACUUAAUUAUUAUUUUUGGGAAAAAAUAAAAUGAACCUCUGAUGUA